AUGGCUACUCAGCGUUCCCGCGUCUUCUUUGACAUUAAGAUUGGCGAUGCCGAUGCUGGUCGGAUCGCAUUUGAGCUGUUUGGCGAUGUCGUCCCCAAGACUGCCGACAACUUCCGCGCUCUGUGCACUGGAGAGAAGGGCAUUGGCUCAAUUUUCCACCGUGUGAUCAAGCAGUUCAUGAUCCAGGGUGGUGACUUUACCGCAUUCAACGGCACCGGUGGAGAGUCCAUUUACGGCGAAAAGUUCCCCGACGAGAACUUCGACCUGAAGCAUGACCGUCCCUUCUUGCUCUCCAUGGCCAACUCCGGCCCCGGCACCAACGGCAGCCAGUUCUUCGUCACCACCGUUCCUACACCCCACCUCGAUGGCAAGCACGUUGUUUUCGGAGAGGUCAUCAACGGCAAGAGCAUCGUUCGCAAGAUCGAGAGCAUGAAGACAACGAACGACAAGCCCGCUCAGAAUGUGACUGUGGUGAACUGUGGUGAGCUCACCGGAGAGGACUUUGAGAAUGCCAGCAAGCGUGUUGCGGAUUUCACCGGUGAUCCAUAUGAGGAUUUCACCGAGGACUACCAGGGCGAACUUACCGCGCCCCUUAGCUUCAAGAUCGCUUCCGACAUCAAGGGAUUCGGUAACGCUGCUUUCAAGAGCGGUGACCUCAACCUGGGUCUCGACAAGUACCAGAAGGGUCUGCGCUACCUGAACGAGUUCCCCGAGCCCGGUGAUGAUGACCCCAAGGAGCUCGGUCCCCAGAUGAAGGCUCUGCGCUUCACCCUCCACUCUAACUCCGCCCUGCUCGGAAACAAGCUUCACAAGUACCGCCAGGCCCAGAACUGGGCUACAUAUGCUCUUCAGGUCGCCCAGGCUGCCCAGGCCAAGGAUGCCGACAAGGCCAAGGCUCACUACCGCCGUGCCCUUGCCCACGAGGGUCUGAAGGAGGAGGAUAAUGCCCUUAAGGAUCUGUUGGAAGCUGAGAAGCUUGCUCCUGGUGAUGCUGGAAUUGUGAACGAGAUUGCCAAGGUCAAGAAGACUGUGAAGGAGCGUUCGGCCAAGGAGAAGGCGGCUGCCCAAAAGUUCUUCUCCUGA